GCAGAGCGCCUGCUCAUGGAGCCCCGGGGCCCGGCUCCGGCCGCACUGCUCGGGCCGCUGCUGCUGCUGCUGCUGCUGCCGCUGCUCCUGCCUCAGUCCGGGCCGGCCGUGUCCGCCCAGAGCGCGGCCGCUGCUUGCUCCCAGAGCAGCAACCAGUCCUGCACCGAGUGCCUGAAGAAUGUCUCGUGCUUUUGGUGCUACACUAAUAAUGCCUGCCUGGACUAUCCCGUCAGGAAAAUCCUGCCGCCCAGCUCCCUGUGUCCGCUGAGUUCUGCCCGCUGGGGCGUGUGCUGGGUGAAUUUUGAAGCCCUGAUCAUCGCCAUGUCAGUGGUGGGAGGCGCCCUCAUCCUGGGCAUCACCAUCUGUUGCUGCUGCUGCUGCUGUAGGAAAAGGAGGAACCACAGGUCAGACAAGGAGGAGGAACGUGCUGCUAGAGAGAGAGAAGAGAGGAAAGUGCGGCAAGAGGAAAGGAGAGCAGAGAUGAAGUCUAGACAUGAAGAAAUCAGAAAAAAAUACGGGCUGUUUAAAGAACAGAACCCUUACGCCAGAUUUGAGAACUAGCCCUCCGUGGAGCUCCCUGCUGGCCGCGGGCGGCCGAACUUCCUCCGAGGGGAUGCGGCUGCUCAGAGGGGUCCUGCUUCCGUUUCACAUGGUCAGAAAUCACAUCCACGUCUUCCCUUAAUCUGAUGCUUUCAGUAAAGAGCCUUAUGUUCAAACGAGACCCUCUCUAAUCCCUGAUGAGUUAUUCUGGCAAGAGAAGCCCUUCUCCUGGGCGCGAUGGAGGCGUCUUGGCUCCCGGUCAUUGCUCCUGAGGACUGAGGCUGGGGGUCGCUGCUGCUCUCUGCUGGCCUGCAUUGCCCUCCCAAGUCAUCCUCUGCCCUGUGUCUUGAGCAUUGUUUUUUAUUUCAAACAGAGGCCUUGGUUCUGGUUAAAGUAUGUAGUCACCCUUUCCAUUUCAUCCUUCAUAACCAGACACCCGUUGAAAUGCGCCGUGAUUGAUAGCGCUCUGGGAAAUUGUCUUGUGUGCACCCAGAAGAAGCCACUGCCUGCGGGCUUGGGGUUAUUUACUCUUCUGCAGUACGGUGGAAAGAUGGCUUUGGAAAAGUCAACCAGAAUUACAGAGGUUCUUUAAGUAUC